AUGUUGAACUCCAUCUCCAAAUUCUCAAACGAUCCAGUCGGGGUCGAAAAGACUCUCAAGCUGCUGCAGUCGACCGCGCAGAUCGCCGCCAGUAUCAGCUACUCGUCACCAGACGAGGCUGCUCUAUGGACAGUGGCCAAGAAUAACUUCACUCUCGCGCGUCGCUUCUUCCGCCUCGUCAAAUGGAUCGACUGCUUCAACAUCGGGUAUGCACAGUACGAGCUGUAUCAGCAUCCACGUAGCGAGAAGGCCGUGACUGGGAAGACCACCCCCUCGGCCCAUAACGGGCUUCACUUCCUGCUCAUCGUCUUGAAGUGGUCAUUACUUGGAGCGUAUCUCUUCGUCGAGAUGUUUACGAUUGUCGACGCUGUCGCCGGGACAUGGAGGCCCUGGGCCGUCGCGACGCAGACCGAGGCGCUGAAACUGUGGUUCUACUCCCUGGCCAUCUCUGUCAUGUUGGACCUGUACGAGAUCUUGGUCGUCUAUUCAAAUGACUCGACGGCACCGGCACAGGCCCCGACACCUUCACCGCCAGCAACUACGUCAGAGGGUUCAUCGAUAGAGGAGGACGAAAAGCAGGGAGCACGAAGCACAAAAUCUCAACCCAACGCACCUCCCACCAAGGGUACGGAUACUUUCGCUUUCAACGCUGCAAAGCGACGGUCGAUGUACAGACAGCUUGUCAUCGACGGGUGCGACCUGCUGAUCCCCGGUGCCGCAGUCGGGUGGUUGGCAUUGGAUCCCAUCACUGUUGGAGUCGCCGGGUCGAUCAGCGCGCUGGUUGGUGGUUCGGAUGCAUGGGCGCGGGUCAAUCGGUAG